AUGUGUCAGCGCCGUUAUGUCGACGAUGUCCUCAAGCGCUUUGGAAUGGAUGAGUGCAAGGCUGUGGCAAGUCCGGUGGACGUCAGCUCUCGACUGGUUCCAAGCAACUCUGCAAGCAAGGUGGAUGUCCCAUUCCGUGAAGCAGUGGGUGCUUUGAUGCAUCUGACGACUGCAACGCGACCGGACAUCGCCUAUGCUGUAAGCUUUGUGUCACGGUUCAUGGAGAAACCCCAAGAAGAACACUGGGUUGCAGUCAAGCGCAUCUUCCGCUACCUACAAGGCACCAAGAUGCAUGGAAUCUGCUACAAGCCAAGUGCGAAGAUCGACUUUCGUGGCUAUUCAGAUGCAGACUGGGCCGGUGACCUUGCUGAUCGCAAAUCGACGUCCGGCUACGUCUUCAUGCUAUUGGGUGCUCCGGUGAGUUGGGGCAGCAAGAAACAGCCAAGUGUGUCACUGUCUACAAGCGAAGCGGAGUACAUCGCGCUCAGCCUGGCGAUCCAAGAAGGCAAGUGGAUCAAUCGCUUGCUGUGCGAGAUCAUGGCGGCUGCAAACGAAGAAGGACCCGAGCUCGUCAUCCGUGAAGACAACCAGUCGUGCAUCAAGAUGACGAAGAAUCCGGUCAACCACGGCCGCGCUAAACACAUCGACAUCAAGUACCAUCACAUCCGUGAUGAAGUCAAGCGCGGCGAAGUGAAGCUUGAAUACUGCGAGACGACGUUGAUGUUGGCGGACAUCAUGACGAAGGGACUUCACGGACCGCGUCACAAGGGACUUGACGGCGGCGCUUGGCAUCCGUGCGUGUUCGGAUUGAGGGGGCGUAUUGAGGGUUACCGGUACAAUCCGAACCUAGCGCGUAGUUCUUACGAGAUAGUUUUUACAUCGGUAAUUACCUCAGAGAUGAUUAGACGCGUAGGAUGA